AUGCCGUACAACACUCGUCGCAAGUCACUAUCCCUUCCCUCCCUGGGAAUCCAACUCCCAAACUCGUCUCGUCGUUCUCCCUCUAUAUCCAAAGCGCAUACCGAUGAACACUCUUCAAAAAAAGUCAAGCGAUCACACGGAUCAUCUUCAUUAACACCCGAACCAUCCGAAAAGAUUCCCUUUGCGCGCGCCGGUCGACAUGGAUUAUUUGAGCAUACCCCUCCUCCUUCACCGAUGGAUGGUGUGCAUGUGCCGAAGAUCGACACAGAAGGAAUUAAUGACGAUAUCGUUGUGGCUGUAAUCAACCAGCUCGAGAAGACCGGGAAUCGGCCUCAUCUAGUGAAGGAACUUGCCGCCGUUUUGAUCGCGUUGAAUGUGAACGUCGCAAACUCUGCUAAUCCCGCUGCACUUCUGUCGUCUCGGUUGGCUGCCUAUAUGAAGCGUUCUUGGACGGCUCUCGCGCCGUGCCCUAUCGCCAAGGAGCUUAUCUUAAUUCACCCGCGCAAAGUGUACUACUACCUGACUACGUUCCCUCAUCAACCCAUCCCUGAGACUGACGAUAUUGUCUCUGCCGUAGGUGGCAAGCAAAUCACACCCAGUGUGUCCAGUCUUGAGGAUGUGGAAGACAUGGUACGGGAACGUAGCCCCAGUCCUGAAGUGGACCUUUCCUCCCCAGAUUUCGAAGAUCUGAACAGCUCUGCCAGUCAUGGAAGCUCUUCGGAUCGCUUCUCCUCCGCCAGUAACCUCACCCGCCUCAUGCACUCCAACCGUGCAGCUUCCCCGCCCCUGGAGGGUGAUGAGAAAGAAUUCACUCAGACCGCCAGCGCUGUGCGUGAGCGUGCCUCCGAGGAAAAAGCCAGCGAAUCGACUCGUAGCCAGUCCAUUCUAUCUGAGAGCCUCAGCGCCGUUGAGGACCGUAACGCGAGAAUUUCCGAAUCACCUGUGAACGGUGGUUCGAUGUCUCCUUCCCUCCACGGCGAUGGCAUGUCUGAAGAAGAGUAUAGUGACUACUUCUCCCACAUGCCCGCCGACCAUAUGGUCCAGGAUCUCGAUGAGGCUGCUGCCUCCGCGCUCUUCGGCACUUCCCCCUCACCUUCUCUCACCUCUAUCGCAUCCUCUAUCUCGUCUGGUACGAGCUUGGCUGAUAUUGGCGCGGAUAGCGAAGGACUCGCUGGCAAACUUGCCCCUCCCCAGAUUACUCUACCCGUGGAUCCGGAUGCCGCUCCGGUUUCAACCCUCAAGCGUUCGCUUGAUAUGUUGAACAGUGGCCUUCCCGAUGUCGACUUGAAGAUGUCAGAUCUGACGGAGUCGCACGAGAGACUCACUCUCACACCUCGCCCUAUCUCCAUGAACUCAGAGCCCAUCUUUGAUUCAUGGCGUGAAUUGCAAAACCCGGAGAUGGUGGAAGUCGAUGAGCUUGAUGAGAUGUUUGGCGAAAUCUAA